UACAAGCUCAAAACAUCGAGAAAAAGCGUGUUUUUGGACACAGUGGUUCAAUUUGUUGCAAUUUUUGCGGCGUUUGUAAAGAUAAUGUGUUUACACGAGCUCUGAAAAGAUUCAAUCUGAUCGCUCUCGUGCGUUAAUACAAAAAGAUGGACGCGCACGUGACUCUUACACCCGGCUUCAAAGUCACUCUCAUGUCUUUUUCGUGAAGUUAUUGCUGUAAAAGACAGUCGCAUCAGGGAAAGCCUCGAUGUUUGUGUGUUUUCAUUGUUUCUCUAAUGUAAAUAUGAUCGCGGUGCAGACGACAUGCACAGCUUUGCGCGCUACCUCGUCUUCUUCCAGUACAUAGGAACAAAAUACAGCGGCGUCGUGAAAGGACCUCCGCAUAAUUUGGAGAAGAGGGGAGUUCAGGACUACUUGGAGGAUGCCAUCCAGAAGCUGAAGCCCGUGAACCCAGUGUCUCUAUCCAUCUCCAGCAGAACAGACACUGGAGUUCACGCUCUCUCAAACUCUGCCCACUUCGACCUCCAACGCAGGGACGACAAGCCCCCGUUCACCGAGGACGUCGUGGUUCAAGCUCUCAACUUCCACCUCAAGACUGAGCAAAUCCGGAUCACCCGCGCCCGCCGUGUUCCCGCUGACUUCCAUGCCCGUUACCGCGCCCAGUCUCGAACCUACGUCUACAGAUUAGCUCUGGGCUCGUCCCACUACUCGCUGCUCCCACUCACAGACGGCGAACUGUGCUGGAGCCUCAGCAACACGGAGCUCGAUAUGUUCGCCAUGCGUGAGGCCGCGGCCCUGCUGGCCGGGACUCACGACUUCAGCACUUUCAGAGCCGUCAGCUCCGACUUGCCUUUUAAGAACCCCGUGAAGACGCUGGACGUGGUCGCCAUCCGGCCAGGAAGCUCCUUCGCACAGUCGCACUUCCACGGAGAGUUGCAGUUCUUGGAGCUGACAUUUACAAGUCGAUCUUUUUUGUAUAAGCAGGUCCGGAGGUUGACGGGGGCACUGGUGGCAGUAGGUCAGGGGAAGCUCUCCAUCCCCCGGCUGAAACACCUGCUGGAGGUCCGGGACAGUCUGGCCUACCCUCAGGGAAUGGCUGCUCCGGCUCAGGGCCUCUUCCUCACUAAAGUGGACUAUGAGGAGACAGACCUGCAGCCGUCAGAGGAGCAGCGACCUUCUACCAGCAACUCAAAGGAUGGAUGCACUUGACAAACUGAUGGAUUUUAAAACUGCUGUAAAGAAUAUAAAGAGAGAGUAAAGGUUUUGAUGUUGCAUUGUCUAUUUUUUCAGACAUGAAUAAUCAAUCGACUACAUCCAGGUGUACUUCUACAUGUUCUUUUAAUUCAACAUAGUGAGAAUACAGAACUUUGUCCUUGAACGCGUCUCGGCUACAGAAGACCGCACACCUUGAACCUCUCGCUGUCGGCACACGGCCUUCAGGCUACGACAACCUGAAGCCCGGGCCGACAGCGUGCACACUGAUGACCUGGGCUGUUCCAGUUCCUCAAAAAAUUAUCAUACAAGGUAUAGAACAUGUGGGGGAGGGUGUUACGUCCUAUAGCCAGAACUGGCUCUCGUACAGCGGUGUAACAACAAGGAUCAACAAAGUGCUCACACACACACACUCACUGAUAUUGUAUUAUAUUCCAAUGUCCAAA